UAAAUAUUUUAUUCAGUCUGGUAAACGAAGAGUACAGAAAUUGACGUAGAGUUAUCUGCCCAUUACCAGGUGCGUGUUUUGUUUAGACAUGGCUGCUCAAACAACUGUUAUCGAAGCUAAUGAAAUUUUAGACGACCAAUCUUUGGUUGAAGAUAAAUUAUGGGAAGAAUUAGAAAAUGAAGAACUUCCAGGACAUCUCCGUGAAUCACGAUUGGAAAACUUAAAACAACAAGCCAGAGAUUAUGUUCAGAUGAGAGACAAACAACAUGGAAUAUACACAGAUUUAAAGAGUGACAGAGAAUUUCUUGACCUUACAACAGGGGUAGAUAAAUGUGUAGUGCAUUUUUAUCACAGUGAUUUUAGAAGAUGUGCCAUUAUGGACACCCAUUUAGAGAAACUUAGUCAAAAGUACUUUGAAACUAAAUUUGCCAAAAUAAAUGUUGAAACAGCAAAGUUUUUGGUGGAGAGAUUAAAAGUCCAGGUUUUACCAGCAGUUUAUUGUUUCCGUAAAGGAAUAGUAUGUGAUAGAAUCGUUGGUUUUGAAGAAUUAGGAACAUCUGAUAAUUUCAGUACUCAAGUUUUAGAAAUGAGAUUAGGACAUUCAGGGGUCAUAACGGUACCAGAAGAUGAACUACCACAGAAAAAAACAAUUUUCGGUUUCAAGAAGUCAAAGAAUGACAGUGAUGAUAGUGAUGAUGAUUAAUAAUAUGAUAGUUAAAAACAAGCAAUAUAUGCAUUUAUCAUAAUAAAUGGGAAUGGGUCUAAAUAUAGGAUAACUUAUUAAAUUACACAUUAUCUAUUUCGAGACAUUAAGAAUAUGGAUUAAAAAUAACAUUUUGGAUUGAAGUCUUUGGAACAUGGUUAAAUUGUUUCUGUAAGAGUAACUUUGCUUAUAUGAAAUUAUGUUAGAAUUCACAAAAGUUGUUUUUGGUACAUAUAAUAUUUGAAAUCAGAAUGCAAUAUUAACAUAUAUUAUUAAAUAAAUUAUUACGCAAUUUUUAAAAUAUAGCUUGCAUCUGUACACGUCUCUCUCUAGGUUAAGUUUUCAGAGGCAGCAAGUAUCAAAUACUCUAUUCUUGUAUAAAGGUGUAUACAUUGGAAUGUAUUCAUUAUGAUAGUAACCUGUUAUUUUAUCCUAGAUAUUUUGGAUACUGAGGAACUGUGAAAUUACUGCAAAUGAGGAGCAGCCUUAUUACAUAAAGUAAAUAAUAUAAGGAUUCAGCAUUUUGAUUGACUUAAGAGUUAAAAUCAGAGGAUACUUUUUAACCCUUACCUCAUGAAGGGGCUGCAUUCUUAAAGUACUUUUUAGUAUUUGUUAAUAAAUCCAAAGCUACCACAUAUAUGAAUUUAUUAAUAACUGGUUGAUCAGAUUUUUACCCAUGCAUUAAUUUCAUUCAGUUUGUGGUAAAUCAUCUUGAACUACCAUUGGCAAUAGUCAGGCUACUAUUAUCGUUAUAGUCUACUACCAGGCUUAGCUAACGGUUACAUUAAAUUCCUUAAAUGUUGAAGUUGUGGAUAUCAAUUUAUAUGAGAAAAGGAACCAUCAUUGUCAACCAUCAUUUAUAAAGCCAUUAAUAUUCAGUGUAUCGGAAUCAUUUCUCAUUAUUAUAAUUCAGCAUACAUUAAUUGUUUAUAUUAUUCAUUAUUUUAUUCUUUUUAUCAAGCAUAUAUUAUAUAAACUUUUAUUUAUUAAAUUGAAAAAUCUUUUAUA